AUGGCUAGAAUAAAACUAUUACCAGGAAAAAUUCAAUUAUGGGGGCAUCAAAUUGCUGUCGAUUGGGCUGAACCUGAAACUGAAGUUGAUGAAGAUGUUAUGGCAAAUGUUCGAGUACUCUAUGUCAGAAAUUUAAUAAUGAAUACAACCGAAGAACAAAUUAAAGAAAUUUUUCAACGCUUUAAAUCUAAUUCAGUUGAACAUGUUAAAAAAUUAAAAGAUUACGCAUUUGUUCAUUUUAAAGAACGUGAUGAUGCUUUACAUGCAAUGAAUCUGAUGAAUGGUCGAGAAAUCGAUGGUUCGAUUGUUGAAGUUACAUUAGCUAAACCUGUUGAUAAAAAUCAAUAUUUUCGAUUUACACGUGGUGUUAGUCAAUCGACCCUUGCUGCAAAUAUGCCAUUUGGUUUACCAGCUGGUAGUGUUGCUCCAAUAACAGCAACGUUCGAUUUAACACCUCAUUUAACAGCUAUUCCUUAUAUAACAUUUCCAAGUACACAAUUACAUACAAAUGCAACGUCGAUACCAAAAAGUAACUACCAAAAAAUAACUACAUCAAUAAAUAAUGGAGCUACAAUUCUAUCUACUGGUGGCAAUGUUCUUCAACAAAAGUAAGAAUUGUAUUAUUCAUUACACGAAUUUCAUCUUUCAUAAUUAUAUACUAUACUAGUGGAGGUACCCGAUGAAAAGGGAAUAUAGUUAAAGUUUUGCAUCUUCCACCUGGCUUUUCGUGCCGUGCAUGACACGUCUUCUACACGACUGUUCCCACUGUGGGUGAGUUAUCUGCAACAGAAUUUUUCCUGCCGUACGUCAGACCUCUUCCACAGGACUUUUCUCACCGUACCUGCAACCUCUGCUACAAAUUUUUCCCCACCGUGCGUGAUGUAUCUUUCACAUAGCUGUUCCCGCCGUGCAUUAGGCAUCUUCAACAGGACUCUUCUCACCGAGCUCA